AUGGUUCUGACUGAACCGAUUGGCAAGCGCAGUUUCGGCCGCGUGUACACUGGGACGGGGCCGUGUGGAGCACAGAGAGACGGCAAGGUCGUCGCUGUGAAAAUCAUCGAUGUCGAUGAGAGUGACACUGUGAGGCCUGGCGGCGGUCUCGAAGUGGCUGGCGAUCUUGCUUCGCAUGAAGCAAGUGCUCGCGCCCUCGACUUCUUUGACUGA